AUUUGGGGCAAUCCUAGGAACAAUCCUUGGUUGUGUUUUUGGAAUCAUCACUUGGAUUUCUGUCACAAAAAUUGAGUAUGGUAGGGUGAAUUUGGACACAACGGGUCGGAAUGCGCCUAUGCUUGCUGGCAACCUAGUAUCCACCCUUACAGGUGGAUCUGUUCAUGCUGUCUGCAGCCUUCUCCGGCCACAGAACUAUGACUGGGACACAACAAAGCAGAUUACUAUGGUGGAAAAGGACAAGGCUGACCUCCCUGCAGGAGAAUUCGGGGAGGAAAAGCUGAGGAAAGCUAGAACAUGGAUUAUAAAAUGGGGUCUUGGGUUUACAAUCUUGAUUGUAAUAUUAUGGCCUCUUCUUACCCUUCCUGCAGGGGAGUUCAAUUUGGGGUAUUUCACUUUCUGGACUGUUAUUGCUGUAGCUUGGGGAACCGUUGGAUCAGCGGUGAUUAUUGCUUUACCGUUGGUUGAAAGCUGGGAGAUAAUAAGGAAUGUCUGUCUGGGUAUGAUCACAAAGGACAGGCUCAUGGAAAAGGUUGAGGAGCUAAAUUUCAAGCUCAACAGUAUCAUUCUAGCAAUCCCCGAAGCAGAGAGGGUGUACUUGCUUGAGAAAGAAAAGAAGAAAGAAGAAGCAUCAGAGCGACAAGCAUAGUCUGUUUCUCCAUGGAUGGAUGAAGAAAGUUACAAUUCCAUAAUCAGUCAAGAAGCCAGCAAAUACAGUACUUAAUUGAAAAUGCAAGGAUCCAAGUUCGUCUCUGUUCCUUCACUUAAAAAACUACAUACAUCAUUUUAAGUUGCAAUUUGAAUAAAUACAAAUUUGUGAUUCUGGAGCAAUUAAUUGCCGUAAUCACU